AAAUGCGGAGCUGGAGCUCACAAAGAAUGUUUGGGAAGACUAGACAGUUGUGGCAGAGUUAAUUUGGGCGAACAUGGGACCCUGAAACACGAGAAACGGCCAAAUGGACUUCGAAACAGCUCCAGACAUAUGGACCCAGGCUUACCAAAAAUGCAGGUAAUUAGAAACUACAGCGGAAUACCCCAGCCAGCACCACAUGAUGGCCCUCCACUACACAUCCAGACUGGGGACAUAGUUGAACUCAUCAGAGGAGAUGCACACAGUCUCUUUUGGCAGGGUAGAAAUCUAGUGACAGGGGAGCUUGGUUUCUUUCCAAGUGAUGCAGUAAAACCUUGUCCAUGUGUUCCUAAACCAGUAGACUACUCUUCUCAGCCAUGGUAUGCAGGAGCAAUGGAAAGAUUGCAAGCAGAGACUGAACUUAUUAACCGGAUAAAUAGCACUUACCUAGUGCGGUAUAGGACUAAAGAGUCAGGAGAAUACGCCAUUAGCAUUAAGUACAAUAAUGAAGUGAAGCACAUCAAGAUUUUAACACGAGAUGGCUUUUUUCACAUUGCAGAAAAUAGAAAAUUUAAAAGUUUAAUGGAACUUGUGGAGUACUACAAGCACCACUCUCUCAAAGAAGGCUUCAGAAGUUUGGACACAACUCUCCAGUACCCAUAUAAGGAAUAUGAACAUUCAGUUGACCAAAGGAGUAACCGACCACCUAGCAACUGUAAGCUUUACUUUUUAAUAUCAAAGGCACAGCAAUAA